AUGGAAGGAUUGCCCCCUCCAACAUCUUCAAUUGUUGCAGUAGCUAUAACAGGAAAUCGAAAAAGCAAGCACAUAGUCAAAUGGGCACUAGAGAACCUUGUUCCAGAAGGGGAGGUUUGCUUCAACUUGCUACAUGUUCGACCCGUGAUAACUAGAAUUCCUACACCUAUGGGAAAUUAUAUUCCUAUUUCUCAAGUUCGAGAUGAUGUAGCAGCUGCAUUUAGAAAGGAAAUCGAAUGGCAAUCAACUGAAAAGCUUCUUCCUUACAAGAAGAUGUGUACUCUAAAAAUGGUGCAAGUGGAAAUUAUACAAAUUGAGUCAGAUGAUGUGGUAACUGCAAUAUCACUGGAAAUAUCAAGAUGCAAGAUCAAUAAGCUUGUUAUAGGAGCUUCAUCUCGUAGUAUAUUCUCAAGGGCACAAACAAUAUCGUCAAAAAUAUCAGAAAGCUGUCCAAGUUUUUGCACAGUCUAUGCUGUUUUAAAAGGAAAAUUAUCAUCGUUGCGCCCAUCAGAUUCAGAAACAAACAGAAGCAUUACAGAUGACAGUAGCGACCUAAGUUCUUCAAAUAAUUCAUCAAGCCGUACUUCAAGCUCACAAACAGAGUGGACAGACAACGGCUCAAUCGGGUCACAUGCUCAUUUUCGUUCAGCUUCACUCCCAGUGCAGCGGUUUCAAGCUCUUUCAACCAUAAACCAGAACCUGCUUCAUAAAAGAAUGCCUUCAAGUGGAAUCAAGCAUCCUAAAAAUUUGUAUCCUCAUAUUGAAGAUGAGGAUGAUGGCUCAAGCUCCUGUCCUGAUGGUGCUGAUGUUAAUGACACGAAUACAGAAGCUUCUAGUUUUCAAAGCUUUGUAACAGAUAAUCCUUCGCUGAAUCAAUGUUCCACCUCUGAUAUUCCUACAGAAAUUUCCAGGAAACAGGACAAUGUCAAUUUUGAGCUAGAAAAAUUGAGAACUGAACUCAGACAUGUUAGAGGAAUGUAUGCAAUGGCCCAAAGCGAGGCGAUUGAUGCUUCAAGGAAGCUAAAUGAUCUUCAGAAGCGACGUUUGGAGGAAGGAAUUAAGUUGAAGCAGAUAAGCUUUAAGGAGGAGAAAGCCAAAGAUCUAGCGAGAUGGGAGAAAGAGAAAUAUGAAGCUGCAAAGAGAGAAGCUGAUUAUGUGAAGGAAUGUGCUGAAAGAGAAGCCGCAGAAAGAAAAGAAGCUGAGAUUAGAGCUUCACGUGAAGCCAAAGAAAAGGAAAAGCUUGAAAAUGCCUUGACUGGCUCUUUGCAUCAGUACCAGAAAUUCACAUGGGAGGAAAUUAUAUCUGCUACCUCAUCGUUUUCUGAGAACCUUAAAAUUGGAAUGGGAGCAUACGGAACGGUCUAUAAAUGCAGUUUUCUUCAUACAACUGCUGCUGCAAAAGUCCUCCAUUCUAAAGAAGCUAGUAGAACUAAGCAAUUUCAGCAGGAGCUUGAAAUAUUAAGCAAAAUUCGUCAUCCACACUUGCUGAUUCUUCUGGGUGCAUGUCCUGAACGUGGUUGCCUGGUAUACGAGUUCAUGGAAAAUGGGAGCCUCGAGGACAGGCUUCUGAAGAAAAAUAACACACCUCCACUUUCAUGGUUCCAGAGGUAUAGAAUUGCAUGGGAAGUAGCUUCAGCCCUUGUCUUCCUGCACAACUCAAAGCCAAAACCAAUCAUCCAUCGUGAUCUAAAACCAUCAAACAUAUUGCUUGAUCGGAACAAUGUGAGUAAAAUUGGCGAUGUUGGCCUUUCCACAGUGCUUCACUCAGACUCUUCUUCUGCCACUUACAAGGACACAGCAUUGGUGGGGACACUUUGCUAUAUCGAUCCCGAGUACCAACGGACAGGAUUAGUGUCUCCCAAGUCUGAUGUUUAUGCUUUUGGGAUGGUUAUUUUGCAAUUACUGACGGCGAAACCAGCAAUAGCACUCGCUCAUCUUGUAGAAAUUGCGAUGGAUGAAGAUCGUUUAACGGAGGUACUUGAUCCAGAAGCUGGUGGAUGGCCAGUUAAAGAAACUAAGGAUUUGGCUCAUAUGGCAUUAAGAUGCACUGAACUUCGACGAGGGGAUAGGCCCGAUUUGCGAGAUCAAGUUCUCCCUCUUUUGGAGAAGUUGAAAGAAGUGUCUGACAGCGCUCGAGAUAUGGCAUUAGUAGCAAAACCGCCCCCUCCUAACCAUUUCAUAUGCCCUAUUCUCAAGGAAGUAAUGAGGGACCCUUGUGUUGCUGCGGACGGGUAUUCUUAUGACCGGAAGGCGAUAGAGGCAUGGCUCGAAGAGAAUGGAAAAUCACCAAUGACAAACUUGCCAUUACCUCAUAAUAACCUAAUACCAAAUUACACCCUUCUUUCUGCCAUUAUGGAAUGGAAGUCCGGGAAAGAUUGA